UUUCUCCUCCCAGCUUGCUAGCGUCAGCUACAUCUGUGUCUGUCAGCUAGAGUAGUUCCAGCAGCAGCAGCAGCAGCAUUGUGGAAGCGGCAGUCACUUGGCUCAGACACCAGGCUGCCUUUUCAGCUCACACAGGGAGGAAAAGUUCUCGACUGUCCUCUUUCUCUGGCUCCUGAGCAGACUGCUCUUUAAUUUAUGAAUGACUGAGGAAGGAUGCUUUGCAACUUGCGGAUACUUUUCUCAUUUGCACAAGCGGUGGCCGUGCUGGAGCUGAGCGGGGAGUGAUGCUCUUCUCGUGCAGGGAUGACUAGAGCCACUUGGUAUCCACCCUACCCUUUGUGCGCGCUCUCCUCUGCCUCUCUGCUCACACUUUCACCCCAAAGCCCUCUGCCAUGCGAGGGGUCAAGACAGCAGGAUUUCUCUUCAGCUGUGUUGUGAUCCUGUUUCUCAGCACCGCACUUGACCCGAAGGCUUCCCAGGCAAAACAAAGGGAUUAACUAUGAACUUUGCUCCGACCAGGAGACACAAUGUUCCCUUAAACGGAAGUCUCUGAUAGCUCAUCCAUGUCAACUGAAAUGAGAAAUCCACACACACAUGUGAUGGUUGGGUACCAUUAAACACCAGAAGACCAUGGAAGGAGAAAACAUAGCAAACUCCACUGUAAAUACCACUACGAUGGAUAUCCACCUGGUCACUCACAAUCUCUGGGAGGUUAUCACCAUAGCAACUGUGUCUGCUAUCGUCAGCCUCAUCACCAUUGUGGGGAAUGUUCUUGUUAUGCUCUCCUUUAAAGUCAACAGCCAACUGAAGACGGUGAACAAUUACUACCUGCUGAGUCUGGCGGCUGCUGACCUCAUCAUAGGUGUUUUCUCCAUGAAUCUGUACACCUCGUAUAUACUGAUGGGCUACUGGGCCUUAGGGAGCCUCGCCUGUGACUUGUGGUUGGCGCUGGACUAUGUAGCGAGUAACGCCUCGGUCAUGAACCUGCUGGUAAUCAGCUUUGACAGAUAUUUCUCCAUAACCAGGCCUCUUACCUAUAGGGCCAAAAGGACUCCCAAACGAGCGGGGAUCAUGAUAGGCUUAGCCUGGCUGGUGUCUCUGAUUCUGUGGGCUCCUCCAAUUCUCUGCUGGCAGUACUUUGUUGGGAAAAGGACUGUCCCCGAGAGACAGUGCCAGAUACAGUUUUUCUCUGAGCCUGUAAUCACGUUUGGAACAGCAAUUGCUGCCUUUUACAUCCCUGUGUCAGUUAUGACAAUCCUUUAUUGUCGAAUCUACAAGGAAACGGAGAAAAGGACAAAAGAUCUGGCGGAGCUGCAGGGAGUUAACUGUCCAACAGACUCUGGGGUGACGCAGACUCAGAAAACCAUCAUCAGAUCCUGUUUUAGUUGUAAAUCAAGAUCAGCUUCUCAUAAAAGGAACCAAGCCUCCUGGUCAUCCUCGAGUAGGAGCAAUGCUAUCAAAUCAGCAGCAGCCACCACCGACGAGUGGGCCAAAGUCGGUCAGCUCACCACCUAUAACAGCUAUGCCUCCUCGGAGGAUGAGGACAGACCUGUAUCCCCAGCAGGCUUCCAGCCCUCCUUCAGGAACCAGACAUGCGAGGGCAGAAAGAGCGGGAUGAGCAGCGUGAGCGAACAGCUCCACAGCUACGACGAAGACGGUUUCUUCCACAUGCCACCUAAAAAUAACUCUCAAAAGAGCGGCAAGUGCGUGUCGUACAAAUUUAAACCUGUGGCCAAAGACGCUCACUUGGAGACCCCGAGCAAAAACGGAGACACCAAAAUGGUGUCGUCAGCUUUCUCCUCGGCGGAGUCCAUGAGUGCCCCAUCCACCUCUUCGGUGUCCAAGCCCAUAGACCCUUCGCUGAAGAACCAGAUCACCAAGAGGAAGAGGAUGGUGCUGAUCAAGGAGAGGAAGGCAGCUCAGACUCUCAGCGCCAUCUUGCUGGCCUUCAUCCUGACGUGGACUCCUUACAACAUCAUGGUGCUGAUCUCCACCUUCUGCUCAAAGUGCAUCCCCCUCUCGCUCUGGCAUCUGGGGUACUGGCUGUGUUACGUCAACAGCACCGUCAAUCCCAUGUGUUACGCCCUUUGCAACAAAACUUUCCAAAAGACAUUUCGCAUGCUGCUGCUCUGCCAGUGGAAGAAGAAGAGAAUUCAGGAGAAACUGUACUGGUACGGACAAAACCCCGUAGUCAGCUCCAAAUAACGCGGUGUAUAAAUUGUAAAUUUGUACCAACAACUUUGGCUCCAUGAACGUGGAUUCUACAUGCUUGGUAAAGUAAAAGUUAUAGUGUUGCUUAUAAAUCAGUACGUCUAAUACAGUCGAUGUUAACCGCUGCUAAAACUCUGCAAAAUAUAAAACAGUUGAAGUGACACUGUAUAUAUGUUCUACAAUAUUGAUGAAAAAAAAGAGCAUUUCCUUCAAAUUUUUAUUAAUUGAUCAUCAGCUGCAUAAUAACAUUGAUUUUUUUCAUAAUGUGUCAUAUAUAAAAAUCCACAAUUUUAUUUAGAAAUUUGAUUUUAAAGGGCUAAAAUUGUACAUUCUGUUUGAGACGUGCUCAGUCGAGAUGGUUACUCGACGAUAAUCAACGCCUUUACACACGUCUCUGUUAAUUGUCACACCACAUGUAGAUUCACCUUAAUUGCUAUCACCUGCACUUUCUGUCCUACAGGAGUAAUUCAAUCCUUCACAAGUUAAAAAAAACAACAACCUACUAAUCCAUUGAACUAACUCUCUGUAAUUGUCUGUGUUUACAUGAGGAGGAGAGGAGGGUUUUACAGUGCACAAUGUUUGUGAAAAUGUCUUCAUUACUCUUCAUUCUCAGGAUAUUACAGUAUUUGUUCUAAAGCAUCAAAAUAUAGAACUUGUUUUCUCUGGAUUACAGUCGCUUAAUCGAUACGUCAUCAUUUGCUACAUCCAGUGGAGGAAAAGUGUGAUGUGUUCCUUUCUGUAAGUAACUGAUGGAAAUUACUGAGAAAAAUUAUUUUAUUUUUGAUGACUCACGGGCUCUAGUGUUAUGAAAUACUUUUAUUUUUUUUUAUCGAGGGUGAGUUGGAGUGUGAUACGCACGAAGACAUGUCAUUUUGGGGGCUGAAAAAGAUGUUUCGUUUUGAUUACACAUACAGGACUGUCUCAGAAAAUUAGAAUAUUGUGAUAAAGUUCUUUAUUUUCUGUAAUGCAAUUAAAAAAACAAAAAUGUCAUACAUUCUGGAUUCAUUACAAAUCAACUGAAAUAUUGCAAGCCUUUUAUUAUUUUAAUAUUGCUGAUUAUGGCUUACA